CUCCCGUCCCCUCAGGUCUUCCCCCCGUUCAGGCUGAUUCCCAGGAGGGUGACGCUGAUCAUCGGGGCCACGAUGCAGGUCACCUCCGAGGGCGGUCCCCAGCCGCAGUCCCACAUCCUCUUCUCCGUCAGCAACGCCAGCGUGGCCACCGUGGGCAGCACAGGGCUGGUCCGUGGCCUGGCCGUGGGCAGCGGCACCGUGUCGGGCGUCGUGCAAGCGGCGGACGCGGACACCGGCAAGGUCAUUGUGGUCUCCCAGGUAUCCCUGAGCCCGUGGUGGCUGGCACUGGCCACGCCUGGG